CAAAGUCCCGCCCCUCACCUCAAAACUCGCCUUCCGAUUGGUCCAAACUGCCGUCCUCUUUGUCUUAGCCCCUCCCCCUGUAUCCUGCGUAAUGACGUCAUGACGCAGUGAGACGGAAGUGGUCGCGUCGCGUCGCAGAGAGUCAGAAGAGAAGAACGACUUUCUUCUUCUUUCUUUUCUUCUUCUGUUUUAUAUCUUUGCAAGUUUUUUUGUUUCGUGUUUCGGAGCCAAAACGGAGGACAAGAAGUAGAAGAAGUCCCGGAAGUCAUCCAGACAGUCUCUUCAGCGCUCGAUCGCCCCUCGCUCUCUGCUCUCCAGCCAUGGACCACAGCUCCAUGGAUCACCACAACCAUCACACCAUGGCCCCGGCCACCACCGGACACGACCACGGGGGAGGAGGAGGAGGGACUGAUGGGAACGUCGGAGGACACGGGGGAAUGGUGAUGACCUUUUACUUUGGCUACAACAACGUGGAGCUGCUGUUCACCGGUCUGCUCAUCAACUCACCUGGAGAGAUGGUCGGGGCGUGUAUCGGUGUCUUCCUAUUGGCCGUCCUGUACGAGGGGUUAAAGAUGGGUCGUGAGACGCUGCUGCGUCGCAGUCAGGUCAACGUCCGCUACAACUCCAUGCCGCUCCCGGGGGCUGAUGGGACGGUGCUGAUGGAGACGCACAAGACUGUCGGCUCAAUGAUUGACAGUCAGUGUUUGGAGGGGGCGGAGCUUCCUGUUGGACUAAAGUCCCGCCUCUCAAGCCUCUCUAUCAGGCAGCGGAUGCUAAGCCCCGCCCACUUCCUGCAGACGCUGUUGCACAUCGUCCAGGUGGUCGUCAGCUACUUCCUGAUGCUCGUCUUCAUGACCUACAACGCCUACCUCUGCAUCGCCGUGGCAGCCGGCGCCGGCAUGGGCUACUUCCUGUUCAGCUGGCGGAAAGCCGUGGUCGUCGACAUCACCGAGCACUGCCAUUAGCUAGCGUGCUAGUUAGCAUCCGAUCGGGAGGUUUGGUUUCUGCUUAUCACAAUCGCUAAAACGCUAACAAACACUUUUGCCCUAUGUUAGCACGCUAGCCAACCUGGAACUACAAACCCCAGAACGUUAGCACAGAAAACGAGACACUAUAUUACAAACGUUACCCGGUAACCACGGUAACAUCUUGUUGUAGGUUAACACGCACACUAACGUCUGUAGUUAGUGAUUAAUAAAAUGUUUUUGUGAACUCCUGCUGGUGGGCGAGCCGGCCAAUCACAGCUCGGAUCACCUCAGAAGGUUCUGAUUGGCCAAAUCCCGUCACCCUUCCUCUUUGGUGCCAUGACAACUGGAAGGUUACUGCUAGCUCCUACGAGCCAACAUGUUAGCAUCCAUAGCUUACAUUACACUUAUGUUUUAGUUAGCAUUGUUAGCAGCUUGUUAGAAGUUAGCCCUCAAUCAUAAAACUGUACUUUAACAUUUAUUUUGAAUAUAAUUUAUUAGCGAAUAGAUGUUUUACAAACGUUUUCAUUUAGAUGUUUUCAUUUAAAUGAAAUUAUUAAAAAUAACAUUUUAUUUUUUCUUGCAGUUCAAUAAAAACAUCAUCUCCAGUAAACAUUGAGCAGAAUUGAUCAGCCAAAUUCUAUUUUAAGAAUUACAUUUUCAAAAUAAGGAUAUAUCUUGAAAAUUAUUUUCAAGAAUUUCAAAAUAAAUUUGUUCAGAUUAUCUUCUUUUGGAGAACUCCUAUUGGUCCGCGAGCCGGCCAAUCAGAGCUCAGACAUUUUACAAAACAUUCUUUGUUUUGUUUUUUUAAGUAUAAAACAAAACUUUUUCUCAGUUUUCUUUUUAAAAUAAAAACAUCAUGUAACUUUGAGCCGCUUCUUGAAUCAAACGAAAUUUCAUGAAUGAAAUUUACUAAAAUAAUACUUUUUUUUAAAACCCAUUUUGUGUUUUUUUACAUGUUUUUCUCGGCCACCGUCGGCCUUAAACCCGACACCUGUUGCCUUAACGUGGUUGACAAACGUCCGUACGUACGUACUACUGACAUGAGGCCAGUGUUUGAUCUUUAGGUGCUGCUGUUCAACAUUAACGUGUCUGUUAACGUGGAAGCUCUGCUGGUUUCACUUUAGUACAACUUGAAAACUAUUGUCUCCUUACUUUUGUAGUUUUUUGAGUCUGAGAAGAAAUGUGUUGUCAGUGGAGGUCGGUGUCCUCCAGGGACAAACGAUGAUUUGUUAGGAAAGACCAAAAAUAAAAGACAAAAAUACCCCUGAAGUCAACAUUUUGACUGGUUCCUAACUUUAAUUAUCUUUUCUUUCUGGCUGAAAUUGACCUCCAUAGAUGUCAUUGUGAUUUAUUGUGAUUUUAUUUUAUCAAUUUACACUGAGAGGUGGGAGGAGUUUACUAACUGGACCAAUCAGGUUGCGGGGACAGAUUGCAGUUACUGGAUUUUAGAUACAAAUUGUCAACAUACUUUUGUCCACGUAGUUCGCUGUGAUCAGGUGUCUCCAUGCAGUGUUAUUAGAUGUCCACAGACUUUUGUCCAUGUCCUGUCAGACUGUAAUGGAGGCUGCAGCUCGGGUUGAAUCUCUCAGUGUGAAUCUGUUGAUGUUGUUGAACAUGAAGUCGAGGCUUUCUGAUUAAAACUGUUUGUGAAGGAAACCGUUCAUCAGAAUAUUAAAGUGUCUGAAUAAAUGUUUUAAUUGUCACAAAUGCUGGAAUUAUUGAAAAAACACAGAAUAAAGGUUAUGAAGAAA